UUUCCCAGAAAGUUUAUCCAGUUUAUGGUCAGACUCCCUAAAAUGAUGGAACAUUUUUUUGGCUUCUUAUUCUUGUCCAGUCAGAAUGGGAAUUAUGCCUGCAGCUUUAAGGCAGCAUAUACUUCCUGUUGGAUAAUUGUUCCAAAAGUUUUACACACAACUGAACUAGGGCAUUAUAAUUUAUUUUGUUGUGGUGAAUUCCACCCUAGUAUGCCAGCAGUGGCACAAAAUAGUUAAGAACCAUUAAGUAAUUUUAUGUGUAUUAAAAUAUACAUGUGUACUCUCAUUAUUUAGAGAACCCUAUUUGCAUUGCCCUUCAUAAGGAAGGAAACAAUAAUGCUAAGCACAGAAACUGGUUUAACAUGUUUUGUAAGUAAGAUUUUUGUACUGCAGAUCUCUCUUCAAAGUUCAGGUUGGCCAGGUAGUCGAGGUAUCUAUGCAUCAAUUUUGCAGUGGUAAAAAAGGGUAUGUAAGCCCUGGAAGGAGACCCACAGUGAAGUGUCUGUAUUUAGAUGUGAUAGUUAAUAUUUGUAUAGGCACUGGUUUGUAGCACACUUUCACUAAGGUGGUGGUUAGUGAAAGAUCUUACUGCUUGUAGCUAAGGUGCUGAUGAACAUGUUUUUUAUUUGUCUUUACUGAAAAUAUCAGGUUGAAUUUUAUUUUCACUUAGGUGAAGUUUAAUUCUAUCAGAAAUACUCUUUCUUUGCCUAAAGGCAGUCACUGCUGUAGUUAACAUCAGCACAAAUGGGAGGGCUGGUAGGCAGACAGAUGAAGAGGCUUUCCAGGACCCAUCAACCAGACCGGCACUGAAAUGGUGGAACAGGAAGAUGCAUAGAGGCUGUGGUCUGCCUCAUGGGUAAGCUGACUCACUUCCCUAAAUCCAGGCAAAGUCAAGUUUAAGCAAAAUCCCACAGCUAGUUACUGCAGCUACCCAGAAUGGGUUACUCACUGUUUACUGUAGUAGCACAGGGCUGUUAAGGGAGAUGCAGGAACACCAGUGGUGCUUUCUUCCCCUUCUGCUCCUGCACUCUCCCUUGUGCUCUUUGUGAAAUCCUCCUGGAAGGCUUGCACUUGGCUGGAGCAGCCAGGAGACAUCUGCUCGGGCUAGGAUUGGAAAGCUGUUUGUGGUAGCACUUCUCUGCUGAGCCCCAGCUUCAUUCUGCCUUUCCCUGGCUUUUUUUCAUCUACAUAGCUAUGCCCUCCUGCCUGCUUAUUUCUGUUGGAUGGCUUUCUGUGCAUGGGUAUUCUUCCCCUUCUCUCCCUUCAGUAUUUCUCUGGUGAAAUCAAACUGUAACUCUUUGAGAAGGGGGAGCCCUGUGCCUAUGCCUUUGCAUAACCCAGAACUGGUGAUAAACACAGGGGCUGGCUGGGGGGCUGGCCAGCUCACCCCCUGUCCUGUGGUACGCACAGUGCAUGACUGCAGCGGGAGCCAAGUUCAUGUUCUGUCCUCCGCUGCCUCCACUUUUGCCAUUUGGAGCUAUUGCUGGGUUUUAAAACACAGGUAGGUUUCAGAUGACAGGUUUCUGGCCUAAGGUGAUGAUCUGCCCAGAGUUUGUGGGAGUUCUGACUUUGGGCUGGCUCCCAGGACUGCCAGCGAGGUGUACUGGCCUGAGCCAAACCUCCCGGGGACCAGCCUGUGCUUGCAAAGGGAGCUUACCCUCCCGAGAGAGGAACUUAAUUCCUGAAGGCUGGGACCCUGCAAGCAUGUCCUUUUUAGCUAGUGGAGGGCUCCUACCAGGACAGAGAAUUACUGAUUGUAGGAAGUGUAUUUUCAGUGUUUUUUCAGUUUGUUUUGUAAGACUGCAGUGCAAGUGGAGGCUUGUGCCGAGCAUUAGCCUAGUUAUAAUGCUAUUUAUUACUCACUCAGAAUCACUCCACCUCCACGUCUUUCUCACCUGGCUGCCUACCAAGAAUUAGCAACCUGACUCACCCUGAGUGAAAUGGGUUCCUGAGAAAAGCAGGUGUAUUCCCAGUUCAGGAGAAACUAGUUCUGAUACACUGCUUUUCCUUUACAGAGAAUGCCACAGCCUUGCCUUUUUUUUUCUUGCUCUUCUUUCUGAACAGUGUUAGCUUCUUGGAAAUAUGCACCUCUACAGAACAGCUGUUGGCAAAUUCCUAUUGAUCACAAGGUUUGUCAUUGCCUGUGGCAAACUAACAAUAACCACAAGACAAGGGUGAGAGUAGUAUGGAGCAGGGGCUUGAGGGUGUGGGGUCAAGUUCUUGGGGGUAGGGAUAAGUUAAUUUAGGGUGAAGUUAGCUUUUCAAAUAACUUGUUUCUGCUUCUUGCUUUGGGACCCUGCAUUGUUCAGGCAAGGGUGCAAGGAUGUCCAAGUGCUUAUUCAUCAUGAGCUACAAACUUUAUCUAAGAAAACAAGUUCUUUUAGGUUUUGCAUUCUAGCAGUGACAUGGCCAAAGGCACAAAGGGUGAGAGAACCAAAUGAGGGGGCUGUGACUUCCAAAACCCUGCUCCCUAGUGUUUACCUCUGACCAUGGAAUUAUGUGGCAAAACUCCUUAGUGAAUAGAGACUGAGAGGACAGUUUGGUCUCUCCUCUUCUGUAGAAAACUCCUUAGGGAGCAUGAUUUGUGCAGUUUGUAUCCUAGCUCUGACAGAGGUGCUUCCAAAGUGUGUAAUUUUGCAUACAGUUGCUUUCACAAACAAUAGGUGGUUUUGACUAAUUCUCAGGGGAUCUGUGCCCGUGCAAUGUAGGCAUGUGUGCACGUGCACACAGAUCAUUCCCCCCACCACCACCUUUGCAGAUUGCUGAGUACAAGGUCAGCCCCAGGCUCCCACAUGGUGAUGCAUCACAGUCACACGUUACCCGGAAUUUUAAUUUUUUUCACCACACUGCUAUGACUGAGGCAGCCACGUCAUGCUGUCAGCUUUUCAUCAGAUGUUGCAGCCACAGCACACAGCCCUCAAGGCCCCUCUGACUAAACUGUGGUGAUGAGGUCGGAAGCCAAGCAACAGCUCAGUAUGAACUUGCUGACAAUGAGAGCAAUGAGACCAAUGAACUGGUCUGGUUUUCAGCUGCAGGACUAUUGUCUGUCAAACGAGGUUGCUCCAAAACAAAGGAAAAAAACAGCCAAGUGAGGAAGAGGGCACUUUUCAGGUACCUCACUAACACACAUAACCAAUGUUAAAGCUUACUAAAUUGCUGUACCUCGGUGUGUUUUCCUGGAGUACCUAGUAACAGCCAUCAGCAGCACCACUGGUUUACUAAGUCCUGACUAUUCUCAUUCCUUUGACAAGCUGAGAAAGCAAUGUUGAGAGGAACUUUACAUCUCUGCUGUACUCUGGCCAAAGGUGCUUUGCUCCGUUUGUCCCUUGUGCUGUCCUGCUUCCACCGUGUCCCUUCUGUGGUUUUCUACAACAUGGAAAUUUCCACACAGUCACCUUCUACCCCUCCAGCAAGACUGCAAGAUGAAAAGAGAGGGAAAAACUGGCUGCAGCCCUAGAUGAACAGAGUGGGGAACUGACUGCUGUGGCACAUUUAGCUGCACAGGGGGAAGGAGCAGCUGUUUUCUUCUUUUUUUGCUCUUAGCCAGAAUACUUUCUACAAAACUGACCAUCUGUGCAGGAGACAUAAAAUUCUGUAUUCUGAAUGCAGAGAGGCAAUUGUAAUGGCAAGAGUUGGUAUAGUACCAGCCUGUGACCCACAGCCUGUCUUUGAUAGAGGGAUGACUGUGCUAGACCUGCCGCAGUCUGUGGAGUGUGGCAGGCAUCCUGAGGAGAUCCUGUCCCGGUUCAGUGAUGGAUCAGUUGCUUCCAUGGUCCUGUCUGUGCUCCAUUGUAUAAGAGCAGGGCAUUCACAGCAGUGUGGUGUUUGUCCUCUGCUUGAAGGUUACCAAGUUGGUGACUAAUGCAGCACUGGGACUUUCCUACUUGCUGCUGUUUCCCCAGCUCUUAGACACGGGGGAAUUUGCCAUAAGCUGAAGAGUUUGAGGUUGGCUGCUUCUCCCCAGCUCAACCACUGCUGGUUUCACUUGCAGUGAGCCACCCACACAGCAACAAGAAUUGUAACAGGGUGAGAAAGCACUGGACUGCCUUCUGGGGGUAGAAUUUCCACACCUGGCUCAGGGUUGUAACCAGUCCCCAGUUCGUGUCUUGAUGCUGUAGAGAGCUGCUGUGAGAACCAGGUCUGCACUGGCCAUGGUUGGCCCUGGAGUUAGUGCUCUUGGCCCUUGGUGAGUAGCCAGCAGAGGCUGUGUCUGGCAGGCUCUGGACUUGAAGGUUAUGCAGGGCUGUUCAUUGCUGGGUGGGGUGCUCCCCCGCUGCCUAGCUGAGGUGCUCCAGAAGCACACAGUAUGCUCCUCCACAACAUGAGGGAGGCAACAAAGCUGCCAAGUGCCGCCUUUCCUCCACAGGGGCAGGAAUUAGGACCCAUAGUUUAGCAUGUGCUACCUAUUCCCUGGCUUCAUUCUGAGUGGUGCUGGGCCCCUGCAACAGACACUUGUCUGGAAGGAUCAGGGGUUCUUCCCACUUCUGGUCAGGCCACCUUUGCUGUUCUUAUGACUUGUCUUAAAAACCUCCAGCUGUGCUCCCCAGUGUGAAGGACCAACACAUUCAACUGCUGUCCAUAUUGUCUCUCUUUUGCAUGUUAUCUGCCAUUGUUUUAGCUUCUUGCUGCUCCUAGCACAUCACUUUCCAACAUCCACACAUGCACAGUGGCAGGGUAGGGAGUGUGGAAACUAGGCUAUGCAGAGCUGGUCACAGAACAGCAACCAGGGGAUCCAAGCAGCUUCCUUGUUCGAGCAAGAGCCUCACAGCACAACCAAAGCCACUGUGGAGCAUGGAAUCCCCCGGCCCCUACAUUUUGUAGGAACAACCUUCAGAAUCCUUCUCUUCUUGCUGAGCACUGUAAAUAUUUACCAGUGCUGAUUUGGAUGCAGAUACACCCAUGCGACACGAUUUCAUCACAUUAGUCCCUGUGCUCUAGUAGAGCCAAUAACCCCACAUUUUGGCCUUUUUAGCCUCAAACAAAACAAGCUCCUGCCUUCUGCCACCUUACAGUGAACUCCUACCAGCAUCAUAGCAAAGCCACAGCUUCAAAACUUGGACUGCCCCAAGAAAGUCUCAUGAAACCUUUUGGCUUCUCUCUGCAGAAAUGUAUUUUGAAAUUUUGGAAACAUUGGUUACUUUGGAGCAAUCCGUUUCUGUGAAAAUCCUGUUUAUCUCCAAUGUUGCUAAUAUGCCCCAACGUAUUUCAAGGUGCUUCUCAUAACUCUACCUGUUUCUCCAUCCUGCACCCCCAUCCCGCCUUUUCUCCUGAAGACACGGUACAUCCCUGCCAGUGAUGUGAGAAGCCACUAACUGCGUUAGCACUGCAUGUUCUGUGGGUUUGGGAUGGAGCCAGCAGUGCUGCUGGAGUCUGUGGUCUGCCAUGCAAUCAUCUGCAGCUCACUGCUUGCCACAUGGAGGCAGCAUGUAAUGUGAGCCAUUAGCUUUGAAAAUACUUCCACGGUCAGAGGUUGAAAAUAGCUAGUGUGUUUUUUCGCCCUAUUAGAGAUGCCAGAAGCUGCCCAAGGCACACUCAAUUGCUGCACCCAGCCCCAGGUGAGGAAGGCCUGCUGUAAAAGCUUGUGGCCAGGCAGCAUGGGUGGGGCAUGCUGAUUUUUGACAGCUGUGGUAAAACAAGGAUCCAAGAGGCUCAGGUGAUGCUCUUGCCAUAAAUAGCUGUAUGCCAGCAGCAGAGUUCUGGUCUUUGUGUAUCCCUGUGAGCAGAGAUCUGGGGGUGAGCUGAUGGAUAUUAGCUCUAGAUGGGUCAGUUUCUGCCAACCUGCAUGAAAGGAGCUGGGAGUUCUGCUAGCACUGCUGACUCAGGUGAGUGUUGUGGGAACAUGUGAUGGACUUGCUGAACCCAUGCAGACUCAGUGCUCUUUGGAAGCACAAACAUAGAAGUUGUGGCCUGGGCCCAGUCUGAGAAUGGCUGCUAUCACCAGGAAGGGUGAAGAGAAUGGGACGCAUCAGCUGAACAGACAAGAAAAGGCUGAUGCUUAGUUUAUAAAGCUGCAGGAAACCAGCUGUGGGGCAGGGCUUUGACAAGUCUAUGGAGGGAGAGUACUGCCUGUGGGCUAUCCAGAGGAUUCUAUGCUCUCGGAGGGGUGUGGUGUGGAGGCUGUCUUGGGGAGAGCAUGCUUUCCUGUGGGCUGAAUAUAUACAGUGUAGUGAGGCAUCUGGGGAGAUGCUCUGGGCACAUUUUGCAUGGUGCAGAUGAGGGUGGUGGGUUUGAGCCUGAGCAGAGCUAUAGGUUUCUGUUCCAGAUGGUCAGGGUUUGUUCACAGGCACAGUCAUUCCUGUUUCUGCUUACCAGCAUGUGUCUGGUGAUUUCCCAAGAGAAGAUACGAACUUCUGUGUGAUCCCCUCUGUGUGAGCAAGACGUACACAGUCAGAGCUCUGUGAAGUGCCUACAAGAUCCACCUGCUUUCCAGCUCCUGUGCAUGCAGUGUCUGCAGUCACAGUAAUGAUUUAGCCAGGCUGGCCAUGGAAGUGUUGGAGGGCUGAAAUGGACAGCUGAAAGGACGGGGCAAGGACAUCCAGUCAGAACCAACAUGAGGAACAAACUGUGGCUCCAGAGUAUUUCCUUCUUCCUUUUAUUCCAGUACACUACGCGUUGUGAAAACCUCACUUGUUUUGUGGACUAUGUACAGACCCUGUCCUGUAUCCUGAGAAAUGACUGGGAUGCCAGUUCAUAUAACCUCACUGCAACAUGGGUUCCUGAGGAAGAUCCAGAAAAUACUGUGGCUGCCUGCAGUCUCCUGCAAUUGUCCAGGAAUACCAGCCACACACAGUACAUGUGCACUGUGGACAUGACUGAACUCCUGGCAGAUAUCAAAGUCCAGGUGGAUGUUACAGAGAUAGCUCAUAGGCAGCAUGUGAUUUCCAAAGGCUUUUAUAUGGCAGAGAACAUCAAACCACAGCCUCCGUUCAAUCUGACUGCUGUGUUCUCAGAAGGUUACAAUAUUUCCUGGGAAACCAUCUACCAGAACUCUCCUUUUUACUUUUUGAAUGAGGAGUUGGAAUAUCAGCUGCGUUAUAAGAGAAGGACCGACAGUUGGGAGACUCGGAAGACUAAAGCUGUCCAUGAAGAUAAACGGACACUGGUGAUCCUGCCACGGGAACUCCAGAUGAACACUGAGUAUGAGUUCCAAGUGAGAGCCAGACCUCGAGAAGACACUGGCUACCAUGGAUUUUGGAGUGAAUGGAGUCCUCCACUGAUGUUGAAAACCAGCCCUGCUGCAGUGACACAAACAGCAGGCAUGGGAUGGCUGCUGCUGUUUGGUGUUGUCGUGGCCAUCACUGCCUCAAUCACAACCUUUCUGGCCAAACAGCGGAGCUUGUGGAAGAAGAUGGCUUGCAUCCCAGACCCUGCUGCCUUUUUCAAACCUCUUUACCUGGUGCAUAAUGGAGAUUUCAAGAAGUGGGUUGGUGCAUCCCAUAAGAAAAUGACCCUUGAUUUAUUUGAAUGGGGAAUAGUCCUUCCAGAAGUCCUAGAAGUUUACACCAUGCGUCCUUCCAACAGCACCUCACGGGAAGAGCUGCAUGAGCUGAGAAAAGAUCUGCCUUGCAGGCCCUGUGUGUCUUGCCUGACUGCCCCAGGUCAGGAUAGCCAGUCUCUGCUGUCUAGUGUGAACAGCAGCAGUGGGACUCAGGACCGGUCAUAUGGGCAUUUGUCCAUUGAUACUGUGACUGUGGCUGAUGAAUUUACACCUUGUAACUGCCAGUGCAACUGUAACCGUGUGUACAGGCGACAUGAGCAUACCAUCAAGGAAGAUGAUAGUGCUGGAGAAACUGGUUACCCCAAGGUUAACGUUGAUGAUGAAGAUGGAAAGAUAUCCAGUGACUUGCAUCUGGCUGACCUGAGCACGCAGGACAAAAUACUUGCUUCAGGCUCUGUGUCCACAGACCACCUGAGGAGUACAAGUGUCCCAGCCCACCAGCAAGUAGAAAGGGCUCUAGAAGGAGGGAUGGGGAGCAUCCUAGAAGCCCUUUGCUUGCAGCCUAAUCAGUGGGAGUUGGAAAAUCCAGGUUCUCUACCUUCUCCUGAUGGUGAAAGUGUUUCCUACAGUGAAGGCUCCUAUGACUUCUUCCCUCACAUUGCAAGGCCUGGUGAUAGUUACCCUAUGAUCUGCGUAGACUUGGACACUAUCGACAGUGGCUUUGUGGACUCAGACUGUGGGAGUCCAGUUGACUGUGAAUUUGAGCAAAACAGUCAGACCAACUGUGGGUCCAUCCCUCUUGAGCGGGAGGGGGAGGACUUUCCACGGAGCUAUGUCAAGCAGUGGGUCUCCUGUCGUUCUGAUGGCCCUGUCAAUGGGACACAGACAAACUAAGGACCUAAUGUUGCCUUGCAGAGUGUAGGGCCUUUUCCAUACAGUGCCAGGAGCAAAGCCUUAGCAAAAUUCAGAAGAGAAACAAAGUAUACUUUGCGUAAGCUCUAUUGCACAAAACUGAAAACUGUUAGGUCUGUAGAAAUAUAUGCCUAUUUCUAUUGCCACUUAUCUUGUUCAUGUGUCAAACUGGAUAUGAUUGAUUUUUCUUUUUUUUUUUAAGAAUCCUAGGUCAAACCCCCUUAUCAUGGCAGAAAAAGCAACUGUACCCUUUAGCUUAUGCAGAUGUGUAAAUUUUUUUGAAAGUAACCUUAUGAAGAGUACAAAACUUUAAAUUAUUUUCCCCGGUAUUCUCACAUGAUUUGAGAGUUUGGAUGUACAUGGAAUCUUGAAAGCAUAACCCAUGGCAAGUGUGUUUGUUACAUUAAAGUUCCCCUACCCUUUCCAAACAACACAGAUGGUGUUAUUGUUCCUACUAAUAUUUUUGGCUCUUUAAACCCAGCUGUAAUAGUUUGUUAAUUUUGGAGGGUCCCAGCCCUGUCCAUGGGGCAUGAUCAAAAACAAUUCUCAUAUGAUCAUCACAGAACUGUGUGUCCAAGAGACCAAACACAACUAAGGUUUCAGAAAGACUUUGCCUUUCCAGGUGGAGUCUGCAAAUGAAAAGUCUUCAAAACACACAAUUCCAGAGAAACACUUGCUACCAGGGCUUUCUACUGAAUCAGCAUUUCUCCCAGCAUUUUCCAAGCACAUUAACUGAAACAUUGAGCAGCUUUUAGAACUAUGCAGAAAUUUCAGAAAUGUCCUGCCUGGAUGUGCCUGCAACUCCAUCUUCUGCUUUGGACCUGGUCUGCUGCAGUUAACAGGUCAGUAGCACAAAGUCUGAGCAAUUUCUGCUAGCGAAUAAAGACAACUAUGAAACUGCUAUUUACACUGUAACUGUGAAUAUGUUUCCAUCUGACAUCUCUGUAUCUCUGUUUUUUUUAGGAUAAUUGUCUUAAGUUACUGUAAUACUGAUAUUGAAUGUGGAGACCUACAUCUUGUGUAGGCAUAGUGCUACUAACCCCUGGGCUGCUUGGCUCCAGAAGAUCUUAUAAUGAGAGAACCUUUAUGGUGUAUGUUUCCAGUGUGGUAAUAAUCUGUUGUUGCUGUGAUACCAAUAAACUCUCUUCCCUCUGC